AUGGAGUUUGAAUUUUUUGACGUAUCUAAAAUUGCCACACCUAACAAAAUUUCAACAGUUAUUCUGCCUUCGAAUAACAACAAUAAUAAUAACAAAAAGUCAAAACUUUUGGACCUUGAUGAAUAUCUUGAAAACGAUGAUAUGGAAGAAGAUUUAAAAGAUUUUAUUGUUGUUACCAAAGCUACUCCCUUUGCAAUUGCUAGUAGUAUUAAGUUUACCCCCAAAGAAAAGAAUAACAGCAAAAUCAUUCUUGCUAUCAAUAAUAUUUUUGUUCAAAAUGAUGAUUUUAAAGAAGUAUCUGUCUGUCAUGUAAAUUUGACGAAUUUAGUAAUUGUCUAUUUUGUAAUGUCAGACAUGGCUGCUGCAACUCUUCAUGUGACCAUCCCUGAUCUGAAGAUCAAUUCUUUCUGUAAUUUCACCUAA